AUGGGGGCGCGCGGACGCCUUGCCCUGCUGCCUCUCGCCCUGCUGUGCUUGCUCGUCCUCGCUCUGGGCCUCCCGGUCUUGGGCGCCCCGCCACGCCUCAUCUGUGACAGCCGAGUCUUGGAGCGGUACAUCCUGGAGGCCAAAGAGGCCGAGAAUGUCACGAUGGGCUGUGCCGAAGGCUGCAGCCUGGGGGAGAACAUCACCGUGCCGGACACCAAGGUCAACUUCCACCACUGGAAGAAGUCGGAGGCUGGGCGGCAUGCUGUAGAAGUCUGGCAGGGCCUGGCUCUGCUGUCGGAAGCCAUGCUGCGUAGCCAGGCCCUGCUGGCCAACUCCUCCCAGCUGCCGGAGACCCUGCAGGUGCACGUGGACAAGGCUGUCAGUGGCCUGCGCAGCCUCACUUCCCUGCUCCGGGCACUGGGAGUCCAGAAGGAAGCCGUCUCCCCUCCAGAGGCCGCCUCCUCUGCAGCUCCUCUCCGCACAGUCGCUGCUGACACCUUGUGCAAGCUUUUCCGCAUCUACUCCAAUUUCCUCCGGGGGAAGCUGAAGCUGUACACGGGGGAGGCCUGCAGGAGAGGGGACAGGUGA